AUGAAUGGAGUGGGUGUCGGCAUUUUAAGAGUUGUCAUAGCAUUCGCGACUGGCGGUAAUAAUACACUCUGGGAACUGAACAGAGAUCAGGGAAAUGAUUGGCUGUUCGGACAAGCACCAAUUAAAUCACCAACAUCGUAUAAGGUUUUUCAGUCUACUAUUUUAUUUGUCUCUUCCUCUUUCUCUCUCUCUCUCUCUCUCCCACCUACUUCUCUCUUUCUAACUGUAUGUCUUCCUAUCACAUUCUUCUUUCUUCCUCUCUCUUCCAGUUUGUUUCUCUUCCUUGUCUGUCUGCCUAAUCACUUCUCCUUUUUUUUUCUAACAGCAGGACUGAACUGUACUUUUGAUAUUGGUAUGUGUGGCUGGUCUCAGGAUACACAAGACAACUUUGACUGGGUAGAAAACAAAGGACGAACGCUUGUAUCUGGCACAGGACCCAGCAGGGACCAUAAUUCCAACGGCACUGGCUUUUAUUUGUACAUUCCAAAAAAAAACCACUACUCCAAUGGAAAAGCGCGAUUAAUCAGCCCACUCAUGCGUCCGAACGGACUCCAGUGUUUCACUGUUUGGUAUCAUAUGUACGGCAGCGACAUAACUACCUUCAAUGUCUACAUUUUCACCGGACCAAAACUCGGUAACCCGGUAUUCCAUCGUUAUGGCACAAAAGCUAACAAAUGGCUCCGAGCAGACAUCCAGUUCAGCAGUCGGUCACCUUACAAUACAGAAAAUCUCUCUUUCUCUCUCUUAUCCCUCACUGGCUUUCUCUGUCUCUUAUCUCUCUCUCUUACUUUCUGGUUUUCUAUGUCUCUCUCUCUCUCUCUCUCUCUCUGGUUUUCUCUGUCUCUAUCUCUCUCUCUCUGGUUUUCUCUGUCUCUAUCUCUCUCUUUCUAG